GCGGUGACACUGGAUUUGUGUGUUAUCCAUCCACGCUCUGCGCCCAUUUCUUUCUUUAUUGGCGUUUAUUUUGCAAAACAUCCGCGGGUCCAAGUGCCGCAGCGUUUUGUACUGUUGCUCUCAGCCGGUUUGGAGUCGAUUUUGGAUGUUUGGUCGCGGGCGGUAAGAGAGCACUGAUCCAUCAGCUGACGUUAAGACCUCUCAGCUUUAAGGAUAAGAUUCUUAUUUAGAAACGGUUAUAUAAUCAGGUGAAUACUGGCGUUUUGCGCGCGUGUCUGUCUCGUUGGUUCAACUGCUACUUAUUUAUUCAUUAUAUUCUGUUGUAGCAAGACAAUUCCCGUCCGUGUUCAUGCCAGAUCUGCAGCGCUUCAGUUUUCCAUACCAUAGCAUGAAUCCUUUGUUGGGGGCUAACACGCAUCUCCAACAGCAUCCACAGCAGAUUGAAGCUCCCGGACACCCAGACUCUCCCUCAGGCCUCCUGCCCGACACCGUUUUCGGUGGACCGGACCCGACGUCGUUUCUGCUGGGUGAGCAGCCCGUGUCUGGGCCCGAUCAGCCGGGGCCUGAUUACCCCGCACCCUCACAGACCUCACCUUUCCUCCACCACUUCCAGCACCGCGCUGUGCCGCAUCCCCCCGCAGCCAUGGCUCUCAGAAACGACUUGGGAUCCAACAUCAGCGUCCUCAAAACCCUCAAUCUGAGGUUCAGAUGCUUUUUGGCGAAAGUGCACGAAUUAGAGCGCAGAAAUAAGAUUUUGGAAAAGCAGCUGCAACAGGCGCUGGAUGCCAACAAGGGCUGUCAAGGUGGAUGCUGUGAAGGCAGGGGGCAUACCCAGGAGGCAGGUGUGCAGACCGGAUUUGUUGGGACCAUACCACUCAGGCCUGGCUCCCUGCCCUUCCACAACACCAACAACUCAGCCAGGAGGCCUACAACACUGUUCCCACCACCCCUCACAGCAGCCCUGCAACCUGCAGCAAACUCCAAUGCAACCCAAACAAAUGCCACCUGUAACCCAGCAAUCACCAUCAGUCAGGCCUCUCCCUGUGUGGACUCCCCUGGAUCUGGCUCUAGAUCUGUCUCCAACACCAGUGCAGGCCCGGGGAGCUCCACCAACCCUCCUCCACGGUUCCUCCCAGGCACCAUCUGGUCCUACAACCACACCCGCAAGUUUGGCCCCAGUGCGGAGCGUCUGACCAGCCCAGGAGUGUCCUGGGUGCACCCUGAUGGGGUUGGGGUCCAGAUUGAUACCAUCACCCCUGAGAUAAGAGCCCUGUAUAACGUCCUGGCCAAAGUGAAGAGGGAGAGAGAUGAGUAUAAACGCAGAUGGGAAGAGGAAUACACAAUGAGGAUGGAUCUGCAGCAGAAGAUUUCGGACCUUCAAGAGGACCUGCAGGAGAGCGAAGGCUGUCAGGACGAGCUGGCUCUCAGAGUUCAGCAGCUGAAGGCGGAGCUGGUUCUCUUCAAAGGCCUCAUGAGCAAUAACCUGUCAGAGUUGGACAGUAAGAUCCAGGAGAAAGCCAUGAAGGUGGACAUGGACAUCUGCCGCAGGAUCGACAUCACUGCUCGUCUCUGUGACGUCGCUCAGCAGCGGAACUGUGAAGACGUGAUCCAGAUGUACCAGGUUCCCAACAACCAGUCCUCCCUAAACUCCCGCCGGAAACAAACUCCUCUGUCCUUCAAUGGGAGUGAGUGUGACGAACCUGUCAGCACCUCUGAAAGUGAUGGGGGCGUGGUCAAAGAGGAAGAGCACGGUGGCUCAUCAGCCAAUCAGAUCAAUGAGGAGAUGCAGAGGAUGCUGAACCAGCUCCGUGAAUGUGAGUUUGAGGAUGAUUGCGACAGUCUGGCCUGGGAGGAGACCGAAGAGACGCUGCUUCUUUGGGAGGACUUCCCAGGGUGCACCCUGCCUCCUGACCCCACACAUCCACCGGGAGAGGAGGACUGUCUGGAAAAGGUGAUUAAUGACACAGAAUGUCUUUUCAAGUCCCGAGAGAAGGAAUAUCAAGAGACAAUUGACCAGAUUGAGUUGGAGCUGGCCACAGCAAAGAGUGACAUGAACCGACACCUUCACGAGUACAUGGAAAUGUGCUCGAUGAAGAGAGGCCUGGAUGUUCAGAUGGAAACCUGCAGGAGACUCAUCACACAGAGUGGAGACAGUAACUCUGCAGCGCCUGCGCCCACUGAGGACGGCGACCAGAGAGACAACGACAGGUCCUCAUCGUCUCCGCCUUCUUCCUCGAGUGCUGGGAGAUCUUGACACAUCCUCAAUCCGGCUGUAACGGGGGACGUGGUCACGUAACCUCCGCUGCAUCCAGCUACAGUAAUACACCUUCGCAAUAUACACAUGUAACUAUGGCAACACCAUGUUUACAUAUGAACCUCUUCAUUUACAAAAUCAUAUUGUUACUUCUUCCUGCUGUCCACGCACUCAGCUUGAGGAGACUUUGAGCACUGAAACUGACUGAGUAGCAGAGCUGGAUUUAUUGUCAUUACCACUUAAUGCAGACGUCACUGCCCUGCAGAGGGGAGAGGUCUUCUUACAGUUGGACCUGGUCAUGUUGUGAUUAACAGAAUGUAAUUAAGAAAGUAAAUAUUAUAAUGGAUCGUCCUGUGAAGAUGAAGAAUGUUGAGGAUCCUGAAUUUAUUGUAAGUAAACGGGCUACAAGAAA